AUGAUGAAUGUAACGAGCCGCUUUUGGACAGAGCGCAGCUAACAGCUACCACAUCGUUGUCUAACAGAGGUCCGAAAAAUGCCAGGCUCAAUGGUGGAUGCUAAAGAAUAACCUGGUCUUUUAAAAGACAAGAUCCUUUAAAAAGCAGUGUUUUAACAAAAAAAGAGGCGAAUAACAGUUUGUGAAACGUUACUCAGUUAGUAGAUCAAAGUUAAAAUUAAUAUUAGGAAACAUGUUUCAAAGUAUUCGUUGGGCAUUCAAUUGGAAGGAAUGGAACCCUAGUGAAAAGGACUUUACCUAUGCUAUUUCUUGCAUACAGUUAGAAGAGAAAGAAAGAUUAAGUAGAUUUGUAUUUCGUAAAGAUGUUAGAGCUUCUCUUGUAGGUAGAUUAAUGAUGAGAAAGUUUGUUAAUGAGUAUGGACAUAUACCGUAUUCUGGUAUAAUAUUUGUGAGAGAUACAAAUAACAAGCCCAUUUUAAAAAAUAUUUCUUUAAACUUGUCGUUUAAUGUAUCUCAUCAGGGUAAUUAUACAGUCUUAGCGGGUGAAACGAAAAAUAUGAAUUUAGGUGUAGAUGUAAUGAAACUUGAAUAUACUGGUGGCAAACAAUUGCCUGAAUUUUUCCGUAUAAUGAAUCGAAAUUUUUCGCCCUCGGAAUGGAAAGAGAUUAAGAUAUUUCCUAAUGAGUUUGAUCAAAUCAGUAUGUUCUGCAGGCAUUGGGCAUUGAAAGAAAGCUAUGUAAAAGCUAUAGGUAGAGGUAUUACCAUUGAUCUUGAAUCAAUAUCUUUUAAAACUAAUUCAAAACUUGUGGAAAAUUCUAUCACAACUGAUACAGCUUUGUAUAUAAAUGAUGUAAAACAAAAUUGGUUGUUUGAGGAAACAUUGUUGAAUCCACAACACUGUGUUGCUGUAGCAUUACAAGAAAAUGGGAUAGCGCCAAACUCACAAAAAAGAAUAUUUGAAAUUAUAGACAGUACUACACUCUUAGCAAAUGCUACCCCAUUAUUUCCACAAGAUCCCGAAUUUACACGGGAAUAUUUCAAAAAAGUGGAACAUCCGUAACUAUAGAUUUUGUAUUAGUUUAUUGUAUAUAAUAUUAUUAUAUUAAUUUUUUUUAUAAAUAAUACAUUUAUAUAUGUGUAAUAAUGAUGGACAGAUAUAACAUUUGCAUUUAGUUAGUGAGUUUAAUAAAAAUAAUUAGAAAUA